AUGACCAAGAAAAACGAUCAGAUUAAUACUCUGUCGGGUGGUGGGAACACUACAACAUCAACCAAUGGUACACUUAUUGUUCAACCACAAACUUUGAUUGAACAACAACCACAGCAUUAUGUCUUAUCUGCCGUGAAUAAUGCAGCACCUAUGAUUAUCACUACUCCUCUAGCUGUUCCUUCUAUAAUUACUCAACAAUUGCCAACCAUUACAAUGAAUAACCAACAACAACAAUCUGUAACACCUACGAUUGGGACUCUCCCUGUGCCAGCUAAUCCACAAAACCAAGCUAAAGUAACAAAAGGACCAACGCAAGAACGACUUGUCUGUAGUCUUUGUAAUAAAAUCUAUCGAUCAUCCGCCGGUCUUCGGUAUCACAAACGGAAACGACAUCGAGAUGAAGGUAUGCUAAAGCCAACUCAAUUGCAUCGUGUACGGUGCUUGGAAAAUGGAUGUACUUAUCAAAUGCUUGCCAUAUCUGACCUGAGAAAUCAUUUGGCUAAUCAUCAUCUAAAACCCGAAUAUAAGACAACCGAAGAGAAAAAAUUCAACUCGUUUGCAGAAUUCACUGAAUGGAAAGCUGCAUUUGAACAAACCAGUGGUUCGAAAUAUGUGAAAAAUUGCGGAUCAAAAGGCAAAUCCGAGAAUCAAACAACUGAAUAUUAUUAUUGCAAUCGAACUGGUCUAUAUAAACAAACUCGUCAAGGCUGGCGCCGUAACUCUAAAAGUAUGGAUUCUCUCCGUUGUGGAAUACAUUGUACAUCAUCGAUGAAAGUCGAUAUCGCGCGAAAUGAUCAAAUCUCCGUACAGUAUUAUCCCACGCACUAUGGUCAUACUGCUGAACCGCCGUUGCAAGCUCCUGCAACGGCGACAAAUGCUAUUGUAGGAAAGACGAAUAAUGAACUAAUCGAACAAUCAUCUGUUCAACAACAAACCAUCCCGUCCAUCCAAACCGUUGUUCAAGCGGCCGUUCAACAAACCCAAACAACUACGGAUCAUUGUGUACGACUUCAACAUCAACAUCAUACCCAAACAUCAAGUAUCAUCAUCAAUAUUGCACCUGUAAGUGUUUGA